AUGCUUUCAGAUAUGCUUCUACACAUCGCUGUUAGGUUGCUUUGCCGGGAUAAUUUGUUUCGAGCUGACAUUGCCGUGCAAUGUAGUUCUGAACAGUUGAAGACUUUUGAAACGGCAGUUCAGUUGUGCGUUGUCGGUUGUGUCAUCGUGACAGCGGCGAGCAGUGCCAGAAAUUGCGGAAUGCGUCGACAUCAUUGCCAGAAUUCGGACUCGGACUGCGACGAACAGUUCGUAGCCCGCGUGAUCCACGCGUGGGGCAAUUGGAAACGAUCUACAAAGUUGGCCGAUGAUAUCUCCCCGACAGUCGAGAUUGCGCAUGCUCGAACCGAGGAGUUGUAG